AUCCUUCUAGUCUCUGGCUCUUGAAGAGGGCUAUGGCCAUUGUUUCGCUCCUGGUCUUUCUCCCCUUCCUCCCAGUCUGAUUAAUUCAACCACCACUGCACUAUUAAAAUAAUAAUAAUAAUUUUAAAAGGACGUCAAGAUGGCUGAGAUGGGCAAAGGAGUCACUGCAGGGAAAAUAGCCAGCAAUAUGCAGAAGAAACUCACCAGGGCUCAAGAGAAGGUUAUGCAGAAACUUGGUAAAGCCGAUGAAACAAAAGACGAGCAAUUUGAGCAGUGCGUGCAAAACUUCAACAAACAGCUGUCAGAAGGAAGUAAGCUGCAGAAGGAUCUCCGGACAUACCUGGCUUCGGUAAAAGCAAUGCACGAGGCCUCCAAGAAACUGACAGAGUGUUUGCAAGAAGUGUAUGAGCCGGACUGGCCAGGAAGAGAUGAUACUAACAAAAUAGCAGAGAACAAUGACCUGCUGUGGACAGAUUUCCACCAGAAGUUGGUGGAUCAGGCACUGCUAACCAUGGACACCUACCUCGGCCAGUUCCCAGACAUAAAAUCUCGCAUUGCUAAGCGAGGAAGGAAACUUGUAGAUUACGACAGUGCCAGGCAUCACUAUGAAUCUCUACAGACUGCGAAGAAGAAAGAUGAAACUAAAAUUGCCAAGCCUGUUUCCUUGCUUGAGAAAGCUGCGCCUCAGUGGUGCCAAGGGAAGCUACAAGCACAUCUCGUAGCUCAGACUAAUCUUCUGCGGAACCAGGCUGAAGAAGAAUUAGUCAAAGCCCAGAAAGUGUUUGAGGAAAUGAACAUUGAUCUUCAGGAAGAACUGCCUUCUCUAUGGAAUAGUCGUGUUGGUUUCUAUGUCAACACAUUCCAGAGUAUCGCUGGCUUAGAAGAGAACUUUCAUAAGGAAAUGAGCAAGUUGAACCAAAACUUGAAUGAUGUCCUUACAACUCUAGAGAAAGAGCGUGCAACAAGCACCUAUCCUGUUAAAGCUCAACCAAGUGAUAGUACAAAACCAAACAAACCCCCCACAUCUCCACCUGAUGGGACUCCCAUCACCAGCCCUGAGACCAAGGCCAUCAACCAUGAGCCAGAGCCAUCCGCUUUGGAAGCACCUGGAGGAGGCAUCCCUAAGUCUCCUUCUCAGUUGAGAAAAGGCCCUCCUGUGCCGCCACCUCCAAAACUCACUCCGUCCAAGGAGAUGAAGCAGGAGAACAUCAUCAACCUGUUUGAUGACAAUUUUGUCCCAGAAAUCAGUGUGACAACCCCCUCACAGUUUGAUGCUCCUGGGCCAUUCCAGGAGGGAGCAAGCCUGCUGGAUCUGGACUUUGAUCCCAUUAAGCCAGAUAGCAACCCUGUAGGGAAGUCUCCCACACCUGUGGCCCAGUCUUUGCCUUGGGAUUUAUGGGAGCCUGAAAAAUCUCCCUCUAGCAGCGUGCAGCCCGUGGAUCAGUUUCCUGCCGAUAAUUCUAGCAAUAGUGCGUUCGUGGUGGACUGGCCUGACCAGACCACUGAGACUGAGAUCAGCCAAUCCACAGAAGCCGCUCCUGCUGGUGCUGAGGCGGCUGGCAAAGAAGCAGCAGCUGGAGCUGAAGCAGCUAAAACCGAAACUGACUCAGGAUCUGCCUCAAGCUCUCUGCCUGCUGUAGUUGUGGAAACCUUCUCAGCCACAGUCAAUGGAACGGUUGAGAGUGGAGCUCCCUCUGGGAGAGCUGACAUGCCUCCAGGUUUCCUGUUUAAGGUACAAGCCAUGCAUGAUUAUGCAGCCACUGAUAGUGAUGAGCUACAGUUGAAGGCUGGGGAUGUUGUCCUGGUGAUUCCAUUUGAGAAUCCUGAGGAACAGGAUGAAGGAUGGCUGAUGGGUGUGAAAGAGUCUGAUUGGCUUCAGCACAAAGAUCUUGACCAAUGCCGAGGAGUUUUUCCAGAGAAUUUCACAGAAAGGAUGCAGUGAGAUCCAGCUAUUCUUCGGUGACCUCUCUUCAGCAAGAGUGCAAGAGGUGGUGUCCCCCCACUGCUCCUUGGGGAGAAUCUAAAAAUAAUAGAAUUUUAAAGGAACAAAAGCCUAAAGGUUGGAUUCUUCACAGAAAACAACAUUUUAGAAGUACAUUGAAUUCAAAGUGUUAUUAUGAAAUAUAUAGGUAAUAAAGAAAGACAGGUUGAAAAAAGAGUCAUUUUUCCUUUUGAUUUGAACAGUGUUCAAAAGAUGGUUACCAAAGUGGCAGAGUAAUUUUGUGUGAAUUGGAAUUAGGGUGUGUUCAGCAUCAUAAGCCGUGAAAUACUAACUGUCCCAUUAUCCUGAAACUACACAAUAAAGUUUACUUUGUGAGAAA